AGCAACAGACGGGGUGUGUGUUCAUACAUGUGAACAGGAGUGUGUGUGCUUGUUGGGGUUGUUUCUGCUGGGCUGAGCCAAAAUGGAAGCACAGCAGCUCAGACACACUGCAGCUCCCUGUCAGACACCAUUUCAAACGGCCACAGUCAGCUGCUGAAACAGACACCGUCGGUAUUGUUCAUCUCUGGUCUCCUCCUCCUCUCCUCCUCCUCUCCCCUCCCUUCACUCAUCCAUCCAUCCAUCCAUCCAUCCAUCCUCCCCCUCUCCUCUCCUCUCACACACCGACUUGCACAUCGCCUCCUCCGGCACAAUGACCAACGAUUCCCCGGAGGAGGAGACCCGAGCUCCGGGUGGCGGCGGCGGCGGCGGAGGAGGAGGUGGAAGAGGAAGAAGGAACCGAGCGGACGACAAUGUCACCAUCCUGACAUCCUCCAUGGAUUUCCACAGAGCCAGCCGGAGCCGAGCCAGCAGCAGCAACGAAGCCGCCCAGAGCAUCACGUCCUCGGUGGAGCUGAGCACCUCCUCCCUGGAGCUGAGCAUCCAGACCCGGAUCUUUAAGAUCAUCGUCAUCGGGGACUCCAACGUGGGGAAGACUUGCCUCACCUUCCGCUUCACCGGGGGGAGUUUCCCCGACAAGACGGAGGCCACCAUCGGCGUGGAUUUCAGGGAGAAGGCGGUGGAGAUCGAAGGGGAGACGAUCAAGGUGCAGGUGUGGGACACAGCAGGCCAGGAACGCUUCCGUAAAUCCAUGGUGGAGCACUACUACCGCAACGUCCAUGCAGUGGUCUUUGUGUAUGAUGUUACCAAGAUGGCCUCCUUCCGCAACUUACAGACAUGGAUAGAGGAGUGUAACGGCCACCGGGUGUCAGCAUCAGUACCUCGAGUUCUGGUGGGAAACAAGUGUGACCUUGUGGACCAAAUACAGGUGCCCUCCAACAUGGCCUUGAAGUUUGCCGACUCCCACAACAUGCUGCUGUUUGAGACGUCAGCGAAGGAUCCGAGGGAAAGUCAGAACGUCGACUCCAUCUUCAUGUCGCUGGCCUGCCGACUGAAGGCCCAGAAAUCGCUGCUGUACAGGGACGUGGAGAGAGAGGACGGCAGAGUGCGGCUCACGCAAGAGACUGAAACAAAGAGUAAUUGUCCAUGUUGAGAAAGAGGAGUGGGAGGCACAGUGGAAGGGAAGAGUAACUGAACAUGUCGAGGAAGAGAAGGAGAGGGAUGACCAGGGAGCGGGGCUGAAACAAGGGUCUUUCAAAUUAAGUGCAACUUUUCUGGUUUAGGAGGAGGAUCUGGAGUUUGAAGCUGAGAUCAGUGUGUUUUAAGAAGUGGAGGAGGAGGACAGGGAGCCGGGCUUAAAACCGAACCGUCAUCGAUAUUCUUGUCCUUAAGGAUUUGAAGGAAGAAAGAAAAGGGAUUGGGGAGUGGUGUGUUUAUUAAGAAAUAAGAUUAUGUUGCCUUUCAGAUGACAGUUUAGUGUAAAAAUUCUUCUACUCGUUUGAGCAAAACACACAAUCUGAGUAAAUACACUUUCUGUGGGACCCACAGUCUCGAUGCAAAGCCUUUCCUGAAACCAGCCCUGGCUUGAUGUUUAUCACAGCCAUUAUUAACAGCAGCGUAUUGGAACUUUUAUCAUAUAUUUCACCCUCAUUCUAAAUAAAAGCAGCAUUUCCCAACCGUUUUCUACUGCCUUAAAAACUAAAAAGUUGCCUCUAGCAUAGUUUUAAUGUAAAAAAGUGACAAAAGUAGAAGAGGUUUCAAGCAUUUUAACCACCUGACAUGACCUUCGUAUAGAACCUCAACCAAACACUCUGACAGCCUCUUAAAUGGACUUUUUGAGAGGAUAAAAGAGACUCUUUUUGUCUCGGCCAUGUUCAGCACAGUUCAGUUAGAAUCACUGUGAGUUAAUGAAUAUUAGAAAGAUAAGUGCAUACAAUAAACACAUCCUAGACCAAGUUAUUGUGGAUAAAAUAGGAGGCAAAAAAGACCUCGACAGGAAGUUUUCCAGAAAACAGGCCAUUUAUAGGUUGUCAAGCUGCACAUCACUUAUUGAUUUAGAAGCUGUAAGAUCCUCUUACCCCUGUGCAGGAGAAAAGCACUCUCCUGCAGAGAAGGCAAGGCUCCUCUUUCUCCUCCUGAUGUAAACAUAUCCUCUUAUCCAUGUUUUUCCUGUGGCACAGUGGCUCGCCCGGCUGCCUCUUUGUGCGCAAACGCAGCGACAUCCAUCCCGUUUUCCUCGUCCACAGCAGUUCCAUAUUCUCUGAAGAAUAUUUUUCCAGGGCAGAGGCCUUUUUUGGCUGCCUUAGAUGAUGCGCUAUUCGCAUCAGCAUCACUGCCUGCAGAAAGUGACCCCUGUAUAGAUAACGGAGAAGCUUUUGUGCUGCUACACAACCAAGACAUCCAGUUUAAGUGAACUUUUAAACCUGUAUAGCGGAGUAAGUCCAGGAGUUUCCAAGUCAUCGGCGAUGCAGGCUGCAUGAAACACUGUAGAAAGCCAUAUUCAUUAUUUACUACCCACGGACAGGCCAUACAUUGAUUUAGCUCCCAGCUGGGCAGCUGGGUGGAGGAAUACUGUGUACAUAACUCAGUGAUGAAGCUAUGGAGCCUUGGUGUAAUAAGGCAUCAAUCCAGUAUACUGACUGUGAUAUGUGUCAGUUUGAUAUAGCAGCACACUCACCAUAUUUUAUCACUGUAGCCUACUUUUGAGCAAUGCUAUUAAUAUAUCUGGAUGCCAUGUGUGGAGAAUUCAGACCAGUGCGCAUUUAAGAGCGACGUUCCCUCCAAGCUGACAGUCUGGUGACCUGAUUAAUUCAACACACAGAGCAGGUCAAACACUGUGCAAAUCCAGAGAGCCAGAGGUGCAUCACCUUUAGUUUUAUUUAUCAACAUGGUUAUAUCAGAAACAGCAGGAUCGAGCAGCGGUUACAAGCGAAUCAAAUGACAUUGCUGUAAAAAGAAAAUACCACAACGAGCUCUAUUCAUCCUCAUUGAACGGGCAAAUCUGUGACUUGAAGAGGAGAUUUUUAACCUCCAUAAAAGCAACUCAGAGCCUCGGCUCAAUAAAAAAAAAAAACAAAAAAAAAACUGGGAUAACAUCCACUGAUCCAUUUUCUAACCCGCUUAUUCUGUUCAGAACUGUGGAUGGCUGGAAGAUAUCCCAUCAUGUAAUAUGUGAUAGGAAGGGUGCAUCCUACAACUUUUAAUUUAUUUUUAGCAGAACGUGGCUAAUUGAGUCGCGACCGUAGAAGAAAAUUGCGUUGCAGAAAAAAAAUGUGCCUGAAUUUCUGUCGUAAAAUUACCAGAUGUGAAUAACGAAGCAUUUGACUUGGUUUCAAAUGACUGAAAAAGAAAGUGAAGGUAUGAUUAUGUUGUUUUUGAAAUAUCUCACCUCAACAUACAUAAAUCACUGAGCUUACUCAACAGUUUAUAAGUGUAAUUUAUAAGAUAAACAACAUUACAGAGGUAUUAUCUCAUAUUUCUUUUUUAACCAUUUGAAAUCAUAAAUGUUAAAUGUGUCUCUUACCCAGGUCUAAAAGUUAUAAAUGUACAGUAUAAUAUGUAUGCUUGCCUUCCCCUUUCUUCCCCAGUACCUACAAUGUGUUUGUAUUUUUUGCUUUUAUUUUGGAGUGUUUCUUUUUGAUAACCCGUGUUUGCUCUUAAAGGGAUGCCUUGACAUUUUGAAAUUUAGUCUGAUAGUUUUUUUUUCUGCAAAAAGCCUGUAUGUGGAAUUAAUAAAUACAGUGUAGAAUACAUCAUUAUGAGAAAAUGACACAAUCUUUUGACGAGUUGGACAGGGUGCUAAAUUAGACGAUCAAAAAUCGAGCGGCCAGUAAUUUAGUGUUUAAUUGUUUAGAUUUAAUUCAUUUGUCAGAAAAAAAAAGUAGAUUCUGUGAAGAAAUAUUGCAUUGAAUAUUACAGCAAACUAAAUAUAUUUAGGUUUUGGGUUGCUGGUAGAACAAAAGAAAUUUGUGGAAAAAGCUGAUGUCAGGUUUUUAAAGUUGUAAUUGGCAUCUUUAACAUGCAAUUGAUACUGAAAAUAUUUGUUCCACAUUCAGAAAAAAAUAUUUUAGCUUCUCAAAUAUGAAUUUUGACCUUAAUAUUGCAUUGAAUGCUAUGACAAACUGAAUAUAUCUUUGGGUUCUGGACUGAUGGUUAGACAAAAAACUGCCGAAAAGGUCAACUUUGGCUUUGCAAAACUGUGAUUUCACAUGCAGUUGGUACCAAAAAUAUUUGUUCCACAUUCAGAAUAAAUGCUUUCAGUUUAUCCAAUAUAAGUUUUGGCUUUAAUAUUGCACUGAAUGUUGCAGCAAACUGAAUAAAGGGGUGUUCCUCGACUUAUGUUGGAGCUCCGUUUCUACGGAUUAACUUAAUUUUCGUCAUAAGUCGGAACUCCAGCAAAAGUGUAAACAAAACUGUUACAUGCAUCACGAUACCAAUCAGUUCUUCAGAAAAGUCAUGAAUACCAAUGACUUUCAUGCAUGUAUAAGUCAUUGUACAAGACGAUAACAGAAUAUGUUGCACUAUUUUUAGAACGUCAGUGUUUCAUUAUAUGUAAUUUCACUUCCAUGGAGAUGACUUUCCUUUUUUUUCAAAGCACUGCUAUCAGAAGAGUCUGACUUAUGCUUGGGAGCCAUAAUGAAGGGAAAAAAGUUAGAAAAUGUAGCACAAUCCAAGGUGGCGUACAACCGGAGAAUGCAAACAAACCUGUCUUAUAGUGCCGCGUGACGACAUAUUCAUCCACUCCGCUUGGCAACUAGUUCCACGUAACCAGUUCCGAAGUAACGAGACACCGUAGGUCGAGGACUCUGUAAACUGAGGACUCCUUGUAUAUGUAUUUAUAUAGUUUUGAUUGCUAGAUAGAGUCAAAUUUGGCUAUUUUUUGUUUUUUACAUGCAAGUGGUACCAAAAACUUUGUUAUUUUGCAAUCCUGCAGAGUAUACCACAUCAGCUGUUUUUCUCAGUGAACACUGGUUACAUGUGUGACCUACAUAUUAUCCUAACCCAGCUCAGAAACAUUCUCAAUAUAAAUCAGCUAUUUGCAGUGCAGGCAAGAAAGCCAGCUACUUAUUUUCAUCUGAAAGUGUCAGCCUGUAGCUUGUAGCUUUACUGUCACUGAGUUCAAGAUCCUUUCAACACUUUAUAUUCCAAUAAAAGUAGAAUAGUGUACGAAGUUAAAUUCUCAUCCACAUUAGGAGCUCUGUGGACCACAUGUAGCUGAUACGACUGACAUCCGUGACUUGACUCAGUUUUAAAGGAUAACAUUUAAUCUACUGAACAUGUAAUUCAUGUUGGUAUAUUUUCGUUUACACUCAGCUGGCCUUAAUGUGACACCACAGCAAGUGAAGCUACAAACAGCAGCCUUCGCUCAUUGGCACCUCAGGAUGAUGGAUGAUUGCUGACAAGGAUUUGCACCUUCAUUCAGUAUAUGGAAGCUCGUCAACACUUCGAAGAUUUUCUGGCUAAAGGUCAAAAUACCGAAUCACUCCUUUAACAAAGGCCUUAAGAGUGGCGUUAGUGGAUUUUAUGAUGUUAUUAUAAUUUUAUUAAAUCUGAGAUGACAAUGUUUUCUUGCCUGUCUGUUUACUAUUGUUUUGGACUGUCUUCUUCUGUAUGUUUAUGUAACGUUGUUGUUGUUACAAUCUCACAAAGGAACUUCUGAUAAAACUGCUGAAGAAGCUUCA